AACUCCACACGCGCGCAGCUUCCUCCUCCUCCUCUCCCUUUCAAUGGCGCGCCUCCACCACCUUCUCUCCCGCGCGCUCGCCUCCAACCACCUCCUCCGCCCUCCCCCGCUCCCAUUUUCAGCGCGCCCGACUCUCCCGCUUCACCCGCAGCCGCCGCCGCCUCCUCAUCCCCACGGUCGCAGCCCACCCCCUUUCCCCUCGGCCGCCUCGCGGCACUACGCGUCGUCCAUACCCAGACGACGGCGGCGCGGCUCGGCGCCGACGAUGUUUCCGAGGCGGAGGAGAGCCAGGCGGAAGGGCCCCGGCGAGCUCAGCGUGCAGAUUGGCAUCGAAGAAGCCCUCCCCGACGACCCCCUCAUCCUGAGUAUUGCAGAGACGCUUCGAACGGAUGCUGGGAAGGCAAUGAAGCUGGCAUUCCACAAUUUGGGGAACUCGGAGUACAAGACCAGGGACCCUUGCAUAAGCAAUGUGGAUGAGUACGAUAGCGUCGAGGUAUCUCUGCUGCUCUGUGACGACGAUUUUAUCAGGAAGCUGAACAAGGAAUGGAGGGAUGAGGACCACGCGACAGACGUCCUGUCAAUGUCGCAGCAUAUCCCAGGGCUCCAGAUUCCCGUUCUGCAACUAGGUGACUUGGUAAUUUCUGUUGAGACAGCCCGACGCCAAGCAGAAGAAAGAGGCCAUGCACUUCUUGAUGAGAUAAGAAUUCUCAUGGUUCAUGGAUUGUUGCAUUUAUUGGGCUUUGAUCAUGAACUCAGCAAGGAAGCUGAAGAAGAGAUGGAGCAGGAAGAAGAACAUAUAUUAAAUACUCUUGAAUGGAAAGGGAAAGGACUCAUUAAGAGCGCGUAUCAUUUCUGUACUGAUAUGGAUCAUUCAGAAAAUUCUGAUGAAGCCAAUAGAGAUAUAGAGAAAAGGAGUUUACGGGAGGGUCAUCAGCCGAAACUGACACAUAUAGUAUGUGAUAUAGAUGGACACCUGCAUUCAGAAUCAAUAGAAUCUUUGAGAGAGGCAAUAUCACGGGGAGUAACUGUUAUCAUGCUCACUGGCAAGACCCGUGCUUCCACCAUAGCAACCUUCAAGCUUCUUAAUAUGGAAGGAAGAGGUGAUUUUAUAUCGGAGAAUUCACCUGGUGUAUUUCUACAGGGUUCACUUGUAUAUGGAGAGCAUGGCCAACUUAUUUAUAGAGCAAACUUGGAUGUAGAUAUAUGCAAGGAGGCAUGUUUGUACUCCAUGAAUCAUAAAAUUCCUCUUGUUGCAUACUGUGAGGAACAAUGUUUGACCUUGUUUGAACAUCCUUCUGUCGACUUGUUGCACACUGUGCACCAUGAGACCAAGGUAAAAGUGAUGCCUUCAGUCGAGGACCUCUUGGAAUAUUCAUCGAUUCAGAAGUUGCUUUUCCUUGGCAACACGGAUGAAGAUUUUUCUGUCCUCACACGGCACUGGUCGGAACUAACAGAGGGGAAAGCAUGUGUUAUCAAAGGGCAGCUAAAUGCACUUGAGAUUGUUCCCCUUAAUGCUUCAAAAGGUGGUGGUAUAAGGGUUCUACUUGAUCAUCUCGGAAUAACUGAAGAUUCUGAUCUUGAGGUUGUUGGAGACUAUACCAGAUGGCUAAGCAACAAGUGAUCCAGCUGAUAUGACGAAGCAUUCUUUAGCAAGAGAGUGCUGAUUGAGAGCUUCAGAUAUUCUAAGAAAUGUCAUAUAUGGAAUGUACAAAAGACAAGGUAUUGUGGUCUAGGAACUAUGGAAAGUCGCAAGUCUGUGAUACAGUCCUUUAGGGCUGGCUACCAAAAGGGUUUGUGCAUUGUGCAUGUUCGAAAAGGGAUGUGGGUGUUGGAGUGGCAAAUUUGAUCUCCUUCAGGUAAAUUGGCACUGCUGUACAAGAGGUUGGUGCUGCUUGCUCUGGACAUUUGACAAGCAAAUGAACCUUUUGAGGACCUCUUUGUUAUCAUCUUGUUGCAUGUCCUUGGCAGGGAAACGCAAAGGGGCAAAUUCCACGCUAUCAAAGCAUGUACCUGGCAGGAAGCUGGGCUAGCAGCGAAGACAGCUCGUAGAGAGGUCCCUCGGCCUCGGAGUCCAGCUGCAAGGUGCUCGACGAUGCUGAAGAUGACCCUGAAGAAUGAUCAUCAGGAGGGGAGUAACUCGACUCAUCGCCCAGAUUCGACGCCAAUGAGCACAACGACGACCCGCUGGACGCUCCCGAGGUCAUACAAGAAGCAGCAUCAGGGUGAUCUUCUUCUUGCCAAACGCAGGCGGCCUCACGGCGCAGAGCCCUGUUGCAAGCUUUGUCCAUUCCAGGACUGGACAGGAGGCAGGAGCAAUGGUUAUCUCUUGGCUUGGGAUGUUGGGAGCUUGGACGGCAAAGGGAAGGACCCAUAUAUAUGCAGACGCGAUUACGCGAGGGGUGGGGGACUGGGGGAGGAAAAAGGGAUCGUUGCCGUGGGCAGACGGGCGUCUUGCUCGUUCAGAUAGGCCUCCGUGGACUGACUGGCGCCGAAAAGUAAAACCAAACCUAUCCUUGCCGUAGACAUGCCGGCCUUAUCACCAGAUGAGCCGCUAGGCAUUUCUACGUUACUGUCUGGAGUGUUUGCGCAUGUGGAAACACCCGUUUCCAAGGGAGCGAGAGACGGAAACAUGUGUUGGUUGCUGGGAGCAAGCAAUUAUGUAUGCACUCGGGCAUGUGAAAAGGACGUGGAUAAACUACACUGGCUCAGGAUAAGCAUCUUAUCUUACGGGACUCUGUCGACCGAUCGGCGAAGGCUAAGGAAGGAAAUGGGGGCUUAUGUAUGUGGAUUAGCCAGGAUAAGGUUGAUUACGGUCGCCAGAAGGUGCUUUCGGUUAGGAGUUUGAUUAUGCUGAGGGCUAGUAACUGCUGCUGCGAGAUUAGCUUUAUUUAUUCGGGUCUCGAGGGCUGCUGGUGCUACACAAAGAAUCACGUAUAUAUCUAGCAUGAAUGCGAUUGUCAUCUCAAACUCGUUUUUUUAACUUAUCUGAAACUUAGAGCGGAAA